AUGACUACCGCUCCUACCAGUGUCGCUGCUGCUCCCAGCAAUGCCAACUCAUACUUCAGCGAGGUGCACAAGACGCAGUCUACCGCAACAACCCCAAUCUCUACUCCUGGACUCAAGGCUGAAGAGUUCGAGAACAACACACGCAGACCUACUGUUCUGAGCAACGACUUCCCCAAGCCCAACGAUGAUGUCGAUGUUGAGGCCAUGCUCGACCGCCAGCCUGGCCGCUGGACAAUCAAGGGGCAGAUGGAGGCCAACCAGCGCCGCCAACAGAAGACCCUCAGCGAAGAAGAGGCCAAGGCCCAGCGCCAACGAGAUUUUGAAAAGGCCAAGGAGGAACUCCGUGCCUCAUUUCGAAUCUAA